AAAAAUUCGCAUCUGCAACUCGGAAAGAUCGUCAAGUUAUGCCACACUGUAUAGCUGGUAUAACAAUGUCUGUCAAUAUGGAUACUUCGGCAUGGAUGGACGUCGCGUUGCAAAAAGCUGAGAAAUCUCUGCGAGAGGGUGAGGUUCCCGUGGGCUGUCUAUUCGUGUACAACAACGAGGUGAUCGCAACGGGCAACAAUACGGUGAACGAGACCUGCAAUGCGACUCGUCACGCGGAGAUUAAUUGCAUUGACCAAGUCUUGAGGUUUUGCAAAGAAAGGCAGCUGGACCACGAGACGGUGUUUCGUGAUCUCGACGUGAUCGUCACCGUGGAGCCAUGCAUUAUGUGUGUUUCGGCGUUACUUCAGCUGCGUGUACGCAGUAUCGUGUAUGGCUGUGCGAACGAUCGAUUUGGCGGUUGCGUCAGCGUCCUUGAGGUGCCGAACUUCUACCAACAAAAGAUAACGAUACAGGGAAACGUGAAGGCAGACGAGGCCAUGAGAUUGCUCAAAGACUUCUACAAAGGCUCGAACCCGAACGCACCUGAAUCGAAGAUCAAAAAGGCACGUAAAGUGAAGGAAGCUCUCUUAACAGAUAACAAAUAAUUCUCCUCCUGUUACACAUAUUUUUUUACGUUUACGUUUAUAUGAAACUGUCGUUUAUAUUUAAUUCGACGUGUGUCGUUCCAGUAAAUGUAAGAUAUGUUUGAUUUUAUUCUCAGUGGCUAUACAUUCGCGCCAAGAUAUUUAACUGUGAUGUACAGCUUUUUCGUACUCUUUAUGUACAAUGUACAAAUAGCGCAACAAAUAACAAUAAUAUUAAGCCUAACAUUAAUAUUAUUAGCUGUGUUUCUAUCUUGCGUGCGUUUUACAUAUUGUCAUAAAUUCCUUUCGUUUUGGUCCCGCUGAAUUUUAGAACUAUAUGUACACUUUUAUGGGUACUUCAUACUCGAUAUUAAGACUAAAAAGAAUCAGAAAUAAAUAUUAAGCAAUA